AUGGCCAAUACUUAUGUCACUGCAUCUGAUGGGUAUUGCCUUGCUGAACCAGUGCAGUACUACGACAUUUUGCCAGAACAAAUCAAUUAUCAGCUGUAUGACAUUGAUUUUCAAGAAUCACCUUAUUGCCAGUAUUCUGCUGUCCAGUUUCCUCCAGCUCUACAGUCCCAAUCUUUACAAAGUCAUCUCAACACUUAUAGUUUGGAUCCACAGUUCAGUGGUGGAGAGUAUGGACUUUUUUCCUGUGAAUUAAAUAAAUCCACUUACGUGGUUGCCCACGAUGCUGAAGAUGGUUACCCUGGAAUAAAGAGGUCCAGAAUAACUCAUUCUUCCAUUCGUAUUAAGGGACAGGAAGAACUCUGUGUAGUUUGUGGUGAUAAAGCAUCAGGAUAUCAUUACAAUGCACUUACUUGUGAAGGUUGCAAAGGGUUUUUUCGACGUAGCAUCACCAAAAAUGCAGUAUAUAGUUGCAAGAAUGGUGGUCACUGUGAAAUGGACAUGUACAUGCGUAGAAAAUGUCAAGAGUGCAGACUAAAAAAGUGUAAGGCAGUAGGAAUGCUGGAAGAAUGUUUGCUCACAGAAAUCCAGUGCAGGUCAAAGAGACUUCGAAAGAACUUUAAGCAGAAGAAUAAUUUUUACUCUAACAUCAAAGUGGAAGAGGAAGGGGUAAACAACAAGCUUGUGUCACCUACCACUAGAUCUGGAAAAGUGAUUCAGGAGAGCAUGGAACUAACUCAAGAGGAACAUCAGCUCAUUAACAACAUUGUGGCCGCUCAUCAAAAAUAUACAAUUCCAUUAGAAGAAACAGAAAGAUUUCUGCAGGGAUAUGCAAAUCCUGAACUGAUCUUCUUGCGACUCUCAGAGACAGUUGUCCUACAUAUACAGAGGUUAAUGGAUUUCACCAAGAGACUCCCAGGAUUUGAAAAUUUGACCAGUGAGGAUCAGACUGCAUUACAGAAGGGAUCAAAAACUGAAGUGAUGUUCCUUCAUGUGGCCCAAAUUUACAGUCAAAAAGAAUAUCUUUCAUCAACUUCUGAAAGUGAAAAAGGUAUUGCUGAAGAAUUUAUUACCACACUGUAUUACUUCUGUAGAAGAAUGAGUGAGCUUAGUAUUACUAAUACUGAAUAUGCUCUGCUUGCAGCCACAACAGUGUUUUUUUCAGAUCGUCCAUGCGUUAAAAAUAAGCAACAUGUGGAAAAUUUACAAGAACCAGUUUUACAAAUUUUAUUCCCAUCCAUAAAGGCUAAAAUCCAAAAGCCUUCGAGAUGCCUUCACAUCUGCUACGUCUCCAGUCUCAUCAUUUUCCCAUUUGCGUACCCACACACCUACACCGCAUUGCCUGGACUCACUCACUCUUGGACUCAUCUCUGUCACGACUCCAGCGCCUUUGCCUACCGUCCCUCAGCCGGGAACACCCCUUCCCGCAUUCACUAUCUAGCCAACGCUCUAUUCACCCUUCAGUUUUCUACGGAAGCAGUCUUGCGCCCCCGGCCAACGGAGGCCGCCGACCGUUAUUUAGCCGUUAAACCACCAACCGCCCGGCACCUCCCUCCUGGCCGCUCGGCUGGAGUGAUUUCCCGCUUUUUCCGAGGUUCGGAGGCAGAAGUUCGUGUUGGUUCUUUCUGCUGCCCGAAUAGACAGCAGGUGGCGGUUCGCGUGAGCACCGAGCCCGCGGUUUCCCGCUAG